AUGACCGCCGUGACUCUGCGCUGCUGCUCCGUUAUGUGGAGUUCAGUCAAACUGAGGAGCUUGGUCAGUGUCUGUCCUCUGUCCACACGUCAGCUUCACACCACAGCCUCUGCAACAAUGGGUGUGAGUGUGCAGCAGUUUGAGCAGGCGAAGAACAAGCUGUCGUCUCUGCAGACAGAUCCAGGAAACCAGGUGAAACUGAAGAUCUACGCUCUCUUCAAACAGGCCACUCAGGGUCCGUGCACCACACCCAAACCUGGAAUGCUGGACUUUGUCAACAAGGCCAAGUGGGAUGCGUGGAAUUCUCUGGGCUCCGUCUCACAGGAUGACGCCCGGCAGCAGUACUGCGACCUAGUUGGCUCCCUGGUGGCGGCAGAAGGACCGAGCUCCGCCCCGGCGGCUGCAAAGGCUGCUGGGACAACGUACGCCACCCUGCUGGUGACGACCGAAGAUGACAUCACCACCAUCAAACUGAACCGACCAGGCAAGAAAAACGCCAUCACCACACAGAUGUACAGUGAGAUCAUCGCAGCUCUGGAGCAGGCAGCAAAAGACGACUCAGUCAUCACUGUUCUAACAGGAGCAGGUGAUUUCUACUGCAGUGGAAAUGACCUGAACAACUUCCAGCUCAAAGAUAAAGGUGUGGAGGAGAUGGCCAGAGAUGGAGCAGAGUUGCUCAGGAAGUACGUCAAAGCCUACAUCGACUUCCCAAAGCCUCUGAUUGCCGUGGUGAACGGUCCGGCUGUUGGAAUCUCAGUCACAUUGUUGGGACUGUUUGACCUGGUGUACGCUACUGAGAGGGCUACGUUCCACACUCCGUUCAGUCAGCUGGGUCAGAGUCCUGAAGGCUGCUCCUCCUACAUCUUCCCCAAGAUCAUGGGCUCUGCCAAGGCCAGUGAGGUGCUGCUGUUCAACAAGAAGCUGUCGGCAGUCCAAGCCUGCAAACUCGGCCUCGUCACCGAGGUUUUUCCCGACAGCAGCUUCCAGACGGAAGUGUGGGGUCGCCUGAGGUCAUACGCUAAGCUGCCGCGCAAUAGUUUAGCGUUGUCCAAACAGCUGAUCCGCUCAGAGGAGAAGCAGCGACUCCACGCUGUCAACGACGCAGAGGUGGAGCGACUGAUGGAGCGCUGGACGUCAGACGAGUGCGCCAACGCCAUCAUGACCUUCUUUCAGGCCAAGGCCAAGCUGUGAGGGGAUGGGUGCGGGCCAUGUGACAGGAUCAUUUAACAUUAUCAUCAUCAGGAAGUUUUCACCUCAGGAGAAGCUGCUGCGACUGCAGGUGGGAGUGGCCUAAAUGCCCGGGCAGUGACAUCACAGAAGACAGCCAAUCACAGCAUCCGCUGUCAAACCCAUGUAGAAAAACAGUUUUUACCAAAGCAGUUGUUGCAAGAUUAGAUUAACAUUGACACGGUGCUAACAUUAGCAUACUAACAACACGAGGAGAGGGAGGAGCUGAGAUUUUCACGUGAAGGAAGCGUCUGUGCCUUUAAGUGUUUUUCUGUUUAAAUAAAAACAAACAGUUUGUGA